GACUGCAAAGGUGAAGGGGAUUAAAGGUUGAGCCAUACUCAAGCCAAACGGGAAGAGAGAGAGAGAGAGAGAGAGAGAAUUUGUUAAGAAUGUUAAGAAAGAAACGAGACAAAAAAAGAGACAAAGAAAGAGAGAGAGCGUUUUAUGAAAAUGGAAGCAGACUACAUGAGAAGCUGAUCGCCUCUUGUAAUGGUAGGCCAAUUCCUAUCCGUAGCUACUCUUGUGAAGAACUCCAGCGGGCAACAAAUAACUUUGAUCGUAGCCGUAUUUUUCAUACAGAUGAGUCAUAUGAAUGGUACAAUGGUUCCUUUGAAGGCCGAAUGAUUUCCAUUAAGAAGUACUUAAAACACCGCUUUGACGAAAUUUUCACUGAUAUAGCUGUUUCUGCAAAGAUGAGCACUCACAAUAAUGUUCUAAAGCUCAUCGGGUGCUGUCUUGAGACUGAAAUCCCCAUUUCAGUGUAUGAAUCUGCUGCAAAUGGAUCACUUGAGGAUCGUGUUAAAGUUACUAGUCAUGAUGGUGCACAACAACAUGAACGUGAGCCCUUGUCAUGGCAGAGCAGGCUAAAGAUUGCUAGGGAAAUUGCUCAUGCGAUUUCAUAUCUCCACACUGCGUUCUCAAGACCUAUUGUCCACAGGCUCAUACAACCAGGAAAUGUCUUCCUAGACCAACACGGUGUCGCCAAACUAACUGAUUUUUCAUUUUCCAUAUCGAUCCCUGAAGGUGAAACUCACGUAGAGGAUGAUGUUCUUUGUGGAACUGUCGGUUUUAUAUGCCCCCACUAUUUUGCUACAAACUACAUAACGGAGAAAGUUGACGUCUACAGCUUCGGAUCGUUUCUAUUACAGCUUUUAACUGGACAGGAAAAGCUUGAGCUAUUUGGGAUCACUGACUAUUCUAGUGAUGAUGAUUUUGAAAAUGACAGAAAAAGAAUUACCAUAGAUGAGGUUGAGGAUCCUGCAUUCCACGUAGAGGAAGAAGGAUCUGCUGUGUGGCAACAGUUUGUGAAUCCUGCAAUCCACGUAGGGGAAGAAGGAUCUGUUGUGUGGCAACAAUUACAAGCUGGAUUACGGCUUGCCUUCAUAUGCAUAAAAAAGGAUCCGGAGAUCAGGCCAGAUAUGGUUGAUGUUACAAAAGAGCUCAGAAAAAUUGAGAGGUUCAUCCUAUGAUUAUUCGAUCUGCCACUUCUAGCUCUCUCAUUGCUUUUGUAUUGCGGUAGGUCCAAGUGAGGAGAAGAGAGAACUGUUAGUGUUUGUUUUGUGAAAUUUUGUGUGUAAUUUUUUAGAAGUUAAAUGAGUUCAUUUUCA